AUGAGUGGUGCCAAAAGAAAGAGAUCUGAGGUCGCUGAACAGGUGGCACAACGAUGGAAGAGUUUCAGGUAUAGUGCAGAUGCUGGAAAAAAAACUACAAAUGGUAAGGACGAUGACGACUGUGUCAUAAUCGAUGAAUCAGAAGUUAUCGAUUUGACUAAGUCGGAACAAGAGGCGGAGGAAAAGGAAACGGUGGAUGACACGACAAACAAGGCAACUUUCAAACUAAUCAGGUCAGAUUUCUAUGAAGGAAAGGCUUCCAUGGUUGAGGCCGACGAUUUGAUCACUUUGAAAGAUAUAUUCUGUGACGCAAGACUCAAAAAAAGCAUACUCUUCAGUUUCCAAUAUGAGCUCGAUUUUCUGCUGAGACAAUUUCACCGAAAUAUUGAGAAUAUAACCAUUGUGGGCCAAAGGGGGACGAUUGUACCCGUCGAAGCAAGUUCUAUGGAUGCAGCGCUCUCGCUAGCACUUCGCAAGAUCAAGCUGAUCGAGAUCACUAUGCCCCCGUAUGCUUCUCACCACACUAAGCUGAUUAUAAACUUUUACGAUAAUGGUGAAUGCAAGAUAUUUUUGCCCUCGAACAACUUUACCGCCAUGGAGACCAAUCUCCCUCAGCAAGUGUGUUGGUGCAGUCCCGUUUUACAAAUAGAAGAAGAGCAGUCGUUAGUACCGUUUAAGGCCGGCUUGAUAGACUACCUCCGGUCAUAUCAUGUGAGGGACAUCGACGAGCUAAUUUUGAAAAGCGUGGAAUCCGUUAACUUUGCACCGUUAAGUGAAUUGGAGUUCGUGUAUUCCACGCCGUCCAAAUUCCAGCCGUCAGGAUUGACUAUGUUCUACAAUAAACUUCAGGAGCUUUCAGUCGGUGCGGAGACUAGUGAUGCUAUAGAGCAUUAUUUGUGCCAGACCUCAUCCAUAGGGACGUCGCUUUCAAGAGCGAAGGACGAAAAUUUAUGGACACAUUUGAUGGUCCCUUUGUUCACGGGCAUCAUACCUGCGCUAGUAGAGGGCACCAAGAAAGUGCACGUACCGGCGACGGAAUCCUUAUUGACCGCCUAUGCGCAGAGGAAGAUCAAGCCGUAUAUUGUCUUUCCCACUGAACAAGAGUUCACCACGAGUCCAUUAAAGCGGGCUAGUUCCGGGUGGUUCCAUUUCCAGUAUCUGCAAAAAAAGAGCUAUUAUGACAUGCUACGAAACCGAUUCCGAGUCUUCUACAAGCAAGACCCAGCAAUGGUUACCAGAGCACGUGGUACCACGCCCGCGCACUCCAAAUUCUACAUGCAUUCCACCACGAAGUCGACCGAACCCUGCGAUGCAUCGCGAGUGUUCCACGAGCUGGACUGGUGCCUCUAUACCUCCGCAAACCUCAGUCAGACUGCAUGGGGCACCAUCUCGAGGAAACCACGCAACUAUGAGGCAGGUGUGCUUUAUCACAGUAGCAGGUUGGCGGAUACCCGGAAGGUCACGUGCCGCAGCUUCGCACGUGAGCGCCGGGCGAAAGGAGAGGGUAUCCAAAGUCACGUGGUAGUACCUUUCACACUACCCGUUGUACCGUACAACGCCGCCGGCGACGAAUGUUUUUGUUUUGCCCGUCACGAGAAUGAAUAG